CGAUUCUUUUUACACUGCUUUACUUUUGAGGCAACCAAACUGCCCUAAGCCAAAUACUCUUCGUUUCCAUCCAUUGUUUUGUUCUCUCUCCUUUGGCAGUCAGCGGGUGACAGCCAUGGCGUCUCUUACCUUGGCUAGCUCACAGGCAGGAGGAAUAUUUCACCCUUCUAUCUCCCAAACCUCCAAACUUUACCCCUCUCUUAACUUUCGAGGCCUACGACAUCAGAAGGAUGUCCGGCUACGGGUCUCCUCUCGUAGUGAUUCUGUCAAUGCAUUCUACACUUCACCGUCAGUGCCAUCGCCUCCUUCUCCAGGGCUCUAUUCAGCAAAGGUCUACGAGCUGAAUACGAAGAACGUGGACUUGGUUUUGGAGGACGUCCGUCCGUACCUCAUAACUGACGGGGGGAACGUCGAUGUGGUCUCCGUGGAAGACGGAGUUAUCUCCCUCAAACUCCAAGGAGCAUGUGGCAGCUGUCCUAGCUCAACAACCACCAUGAAGAUGGGGAUAGAGCGUGUGUUGAAAGAGAAGUUUGGAAAUGCUGUGAAAGACAUACGCCAGGUUUUUGAUGAGGAACAGACCGGAACAACUAUUGAGGCUGUGGAUAGUCAUUUGGACAUACUUCGACCUGCCAUUAAGAACUAUGGUGGAAGUGUGGAAGUACUUUCUGUGAAAGGCGGAGACUGCCAUGUAAGGUAUACAGGACCUGAAUCCAUUGCAAGUGGGAUCAAAGUGAUGUCAUGUGUUGAUGGUGGUAAUGAAGCAGGUGCACUAGUGACAACGGCCAUGAGAUUAUAUUAG